AUGCUUUCAUACAACCCACUCGAAGAACCAGAUACAAUUGCUGAAAUUGUUCAAAAGCUUCCAUUAGAAGUUCUAGAUAAAUUCUGCUGGAUAAAUAGCACUUGGUAUAAAGAAAUCCAGCAUGAGCUUCGACGAAGAUGGAAGAUACAAGUAUUAGAAUAUCAAAAAUUGGAUAAUGAACAGGAGUUAGAAAUGGAAGAGGUAGAGAGAAAAUAUCCUAAUGAUGAAUUCAUGCAAGGAUAUUUACAUUGUGAAAUAUGGGGGACUUAUAUCAAAAGGGAACUCGAAGAAGCUAAAAAACAGGUGGAGAUCGAAAGCUAUUUGCUUCGUAAUGGAAUGCUCUAUGAGCAAGAAAAGGAAAUGCACGCUAGCGAGUAUGUGAAAAGCAUGGAAAAACUAUCGAAGUUAGCAGGACUCGAUCACCAAAAUGCUAUAGUAUUUAGUGUACUUAAUGGAGAAAUCAAAACAAUAGAGAACAAAUUGGAUGAAUAUUAUUCUCGGUUUGAAAAGCUAGAAAGAACUGUAGACUGGAUAGGAAAUUAUGUAGAAGAGCAAACUGGUUUAGAGCCUGACAAAGAACUAACAGAUUCAUCCGAUUCAGAUUAUGCGCCACCAGAAUAG